UUGCGGCAAUUAAAUCUAUUCGAGGCGAAUAUCCUGUCACACACAGCGAAUACUCGCUGCGAAUUCCUACUAGCUGCGAGUAUUCGCUGCGAAUUCCUACUCGCCGCAAGUAUUUGCUGCGAAUUCCUAAUCGCCGCAAGUAUUCGCUGCGAAUUCCUACUCACCGCAUGUAUUCGCUGCGAAUUCCUACUCACCGCAAGUAUUCGCUGCGAAUUCCUACUCGCCGCAAGUAUUCGCUGCGAAUUCCUACUCGCCACGAGUAUUCGCUGCGAAUUCCUACUCGCCGCAAGUAAUCGCUGCGAAUUCCUACUCGCCGCAAGUAUUCGCUGCGAAUUCCUACUCGCCGCAAGUAUUCGCUGCGAAUUCCUACUCGCCGCGAGUAUUCGCUGCGUGUGA